AUGUCGAGUUUAGAUGCUUAUAGGAGAUCUGAGGAAGGGGAGUGCGCCUGUACAUUACCAAGCCUUUGGGACGGACAAUGGUGGGACAGCAGCUCUGGGGAGGUAACCUUUACCCAUUCCACUCAAUUGUUGACGGGGUGGCGGAUCCAGGCUUACACAUCAGUCAUCACGUCCUGGACAUGUGUCAAUCAAAAUUCUAGCUCAUUCCUUCUGUUCAGGGGUAACCAAUACCUAGAUCUGUUCAGUUCAGAUGUUGUUGCAUUCCGAUGUGUUCGAUACGUCAGGAUAACAGAUUACUCUUACUAUUACUAUAUUUUUGGAGAUGAACAACUCGAAUCAAAUAAGCAGAGGUAUGAGGGGAAAAUUCUAAGUACGUCUCCCUCGGAAGAUUUGUCUGCCCGCUGUCAGCCACCUAAUGGUCCUUCCGGUGAAGAAUACCAUGUCCUAGUCAAGAAAGGUUUUGAGAGAAGUGUGAAGCAGUGGUGCCCAGUUCCUCUUCUCGGAACAUUUUCAUACAUACACGACACCGGAAGUGUUGUUAAUUGUGUUUCUGGAUCAGAAGUUAGCGCAUGCCCAGACUGGACAUAUUUGGCUUUCAAUUAUUCACAGUGUUCAACAAUUCAAGCGUUUUCGGCUGCCGGUAGAGUUCAGUGUGUGGCAACUGUACAGUAUAACAGUACUCUGUACACUACCGUGUUCAACCCUGAAACUGUGACUGAUACCACUAACUACGACAAAUUUUCAUGUCUAGCUAUCUCAAAGUCAGGAGAUACUGUGUAUAUCAGUGAUGCCAAGGGAAGCUGUGAAAACGGUCAAAGUUCACAAGUUAAAGCCACAAGAGGAAGUGGUACACUGGUGUUAACGGAGUACAGUCGAUGUUACGGGGGAUGUGAUUUCCCGGAUGCGUGGGACUCGGAAUGGUAUGAUAGCAGUCAUGGCGAUAUAAUUCUAAACAGAAAUUACAGUGCAGUAUCUGAAGGAUGGUCAAUACCUGUGUAUGAAACCAGCAUACUUUCCUGGACAUGUUUCGCUGAAAACACUUCAGCAAGUUAUUUUUUGUUCAAAGGAGACCAAAUACCUUUAUCGUCUGGAAUCCGCCAAAACGUGUUCAGAUGUGUUAGAUGGGAGAAACUAACAACAUAUUCCUACAGCUAUUAUAUACUGGCAGGUAAAAACUCAAAUGCUGCCAACAACAGAGUGAUCACAGAAACCCAAGAUGUUAGUGUGACGUCAUGGACAACCUCAGAUUAUUGUCAGGAAUCGGCCUCUCCUCCAGUAGAGGAGUUCCAUGUGAUUGUUAUGAAGGGUCGUGAAGUAAAUGCAAAGCAGUGGUGCCCUGUCCCUUUGUUGGGUAACUUCACCUACACACAUAACGACGGCAUCUCCACCACAUGUGGGUCUUUGAAUUCCGACCUAAACGUAUGCCCCUCUUGGUCCAUCAUGACAUUUAACUACACCAUGUGUAGUACAGUUCAAGGAUUCUCAGAUGAGGGAAUCUUGUACUGCUUGAAGUAUGUCCUAAAAGGAUCGACAAUUUAUCUGUCUGUCUUAAACCCUGGUGUGGUGGACAACACGGCUACACACAGAUUUACCUGUUAUGCUCUGACAGAGAGUGGGGACACCGUGUAUAUGAGUGAUAGUAAAGGGAGCUGUGAGGCGGGACAGAGUCCCACGGUAAAGGCCCCGGAUGGUAGUGGAACUCUCCAACUGGAAUCAACAGAACGAUGCUACGGUUCCUGCACAUUCCCCGUGACUUGGGAUGGUUCCUGGUAUGACAGUGGGAUGGGAGAAAUAACUUUGAGUUACGCUGUUAAGACUGUGUCAGGAUGGAGCGUCAAUAUCAAUAGUACGGAAAUGACGUCAUGGACGUGUCAAUCACAGAAUGCUUCAGAAGGAAUAAUGCUCUUCAGAGCCAAUGAUCUUCUAAAUAUCAAAGAAAAGUUGUACAAUGUCUUCCGUUGUAUAAGGACAGUUAAGCUAACAAACUACUCGUAUACGUAUUAUGUUAUGAAUGAUAUAAUGGAGGAUGCUGGUUUUGAAAGGAUACAACUGACUGAAUAUUCACCUGACGUCACGAAUUGGGAUGUGAAUUCAUUAUGCUCCCCUAUGGCUCCUGCAGAGGAUGAAGAGUACUACAUGUUGGUUAAGCAAGGGCAUGAUACAGAAGUAAAGCAAUGGUGUCCUAUUCCAUUGAGAGGGGACUUUAACUACACACAUGACACUGGCCUUGUAACAUCUUGUGGACUGUCCUCCUCUCUAACUGCGUGUCCAGACUGGGUCACGUUACAGUUUAACUACUCUCUGUGUCCAACCAUUCAGGCAUUUUCGAAAGAAGGAAUUGUUAAUUGUGUUCAUACUGUGGUACAAGGUGACACAUAUUUUACGUCUGUAUUUAAUCCGGGGCAUGUAGACGGGGUCAACUUCCGGCGAUUUACCUGCCUUGCUGUAACAGAGAUGGGUGGGAUAGUUACAGUGAGUGACAGUGCCGGAAACUGUCAAGCCAACCAAACAAGUCACUCCAAACAAGCCGACGGAAGUGGUAUACUCACACUCACAGUGAAAGAAUCAUGUUAUGGGUCUUGUACUUUACCAACUCAAUGGAUUGGUGACUGGUACGAUAGUUUCUAUGGACAGCUAACGUUUUCUGGUACCUCACUAGCAGGAUGGAAAUUAACGUCAUAUUCCUCAAUUAUCUCUUCAUGGUCCUGCGUAGCAGAAGACACAUCCAACAAUUACUUGCUCUUUCUGGGCGACCAAAGAGUUGAUUUAUUUGGUACUCAGCAAAAUAUGUUCCGGUGCAUCAAAUGGAAAAAGAUAACCGACAAUUCAUACUAUUACUACGCACGUGCAGAUGUUGAAGCAAACGCAAACAACGCCCGCGUUAAGGUGGAGUUCCAUAACCCGUCAGUGACGUCCUGGAAUGCAGCUUCUUAUUGUAACCCUUCGUCAGGACCAGGACCCGAGGAAUACCACGUUCUUCUAAAGAAAGGUUCAGAAUUGCUGACGAAGCAAUGGUGCCCUAUACCACUCCUCGGAACAUUUCGCUACAUUCAUAACGACGGGUCAACCGACGUAUGUUCUGCCGACUCCCAGAUGAAUGUGUGUCCAAGCUGGACAACGAUUUACUUCGAUUACACCAAAUGUUCAAAUACCCAAGCAUUUUCCCAGGAGGGAAUUGUAUAUUGCGUGAACACAGUCCAGAAUGGUGACGUUUAUUACACAACAUUGUACAACCCUGGAGUAGUAGACAAUAGCCUUUAUCAUAGGUUUACAUGUUACUCUCUCUCGGAAUCCAGUUCCAGUUUCUACGUAAGUGACAGUCCUGGUAUUUGUGAAGCAGGACAGGCUCCUAGCACGAAGGCAUCGGAUGGCAGCGGCUUAUUGACAUUGAAUAGAACCUAUUCAUGCCAUGUGGAGACUAAUGCAGGCAAUCAUCGGGUGCUUGUUGAAAAAUACGACCCUUCAGUUAACAGAUGGGAUCCUGCUUCUUACUGUAAUCCAACAAGUCCCCCAGGAAAGGAGGAGUACCACGUGCUUGUUAAAGCUGGGUUUACAAAUGAAGUAAAGCAAUGGUGUCCUGUCCCGCUAUUGGGAAAGUUUACCUACCAACACAACGACGGAUCCAGUGUUACGUGUUCCUCUUCUUCUGACGUCAGAGUUUGUCCUGAUUGGACAACGAUGACGUUCAAUUACAGCUUAUGUAGCACAGUCCAAUCAUUUUCCCAGGAAGGAAAUGUCCAUUGCAUACAUUCAAUAACAUCCGGCUCUACAUAUUACGUAACUGUUUUUAACCCUGGAUUUGUGGAUGGUACACAAUAUCACAGAUUUUCCUGCUACGCUUUGGCAUCGAGCGGUUCUGUACUCCACAUGAGCGACAGCGCUGGAAGUUGUGAGAUGGGACAGUCACCGACCGUUAAGCAAUCUGAUGGCAGUGGCACCCUCACCUUAACAUCAUAUGGUAGGAGAAUUACAUCUACCUAUAAUGUAAUACCCAGUAUGCCAGAACAUAAAUGA